AUGACUUCAGAUGAUAUCGCUGUUGUCGAAGAAGCAAACAAUUCCAACUCUCAAGACGAGAAUAAAAUCUCUCUUGCCGCGAGCAACUGGAGGAGGAAUACCCUCGUCUCGGAAGCUAUCGAGGAUGAGGUCUUUGGCACUGUUGGCGAAGGCGGAGCAGGCCCCAACUAUCGCGGCCUUUCGUGGAUAAGUACCAUCGCCGUCAUGACGAAAACCCAGGUCGGUCUCGGUGUCCUCGCUAUUCCCAAAACGUUCCAUACACUCGGACUUAUCCCCGGCGUCUUUUGCCUCAUAGCCAUCGGCGGUAUGACAUCUUGGUCGGGUUACAUUGUCGGUACUUUCAAGCUUAAACACAAAGAAGUGUAUACCAUAGAUGAUGCUGGAAAAGUGAUGUUUGGCAGGGUUGGCCGCGAAAUCUUUGCUGUCAUCUUAAUGCUGAAUUGGGUCUUUGUCUCUGCAUCAGCCAUGCUGGGUAUCUCGGUUGCGCUCAAUGCUGUAUCAGAGAACGCCCUUUGCACCUGGGCUUUUGUCAUUUUCGCCGCUGUCAGCACGGGUCUCCUAGCCAGUAUCCGAACUCUGGGCAAGAUUGGAUGGAUUGCAUGGGUCGGCAUUGCCGGCAUCAUGACCGCCAUCUUCUCUGUUACCAUCGCUGUUGGAGUCGAGAAGGGGAAUAAUCCUGCGGUUACUGAGGGAAACUCUACGACGUUCGGGCUCUUCAACGCCCCUCCAUUUGCCGAUGGCAUGGCGGCAGUCUCUAGCCACAUCUUUGCCUACGCCGGCGUGCCCGCCUACUUUCCCAUCAUCGCCGAGAUGCAGGAUCAGGAGCAUUACACAUCAGCGCUUAUCUGGUCGCAGAGUAUUAUGACUGCUGUCUACGUUGUGAUUGGUGUUGUCAUGUACUGCUUCGUCGGCUCCGAGAUUGCAUCUCCUGCUCUGGGUUCUGCAGGUCCCGUCAUGAAGAAGGUCAGCUACGGAUUUGCUCUGCCCGGCCUUUUAGUCAGUGCCAUGAUUGUCACCCACUUACCAGCAAAAUUCAUCUUCCUUCGUAUCCUCCGCGGCUCUGAGCACCUCCACCGCAACAGUCUCAUUCACUGGGGUGCAUGGCUUGGCUGCAUUGGCGGAAUAACUAUUCUCGCCUACAUCAUAGCCAGCGCUAUUCCUGUGUUUGAUCCUCUUGUGUCAUUGAUUGGGGCAUCCUUCGGCGUCUUCCUUUGCUUCCAGCCCUACGGAUGUAUGUGGCUGCACGACAACUGGAAAUUGAGGAGGCCUAGCCUCAGGUGGAAAGGGAAGAUCGCCUGGAGCGUAUUCAUCAUCAUUAUUGGCGCCUUCCUCACAAUUGGCGGCACACAUGGCUCUAUAGAAGGCCUUAUUUUUGCCACUAGACAUGGAUCUGGUAAAGCUUGGAGUUGUGCGGAUAAUUCCAAUCCUCCGCCGCCUCCGCCCUCAAACUCGACAGCCAACACUACCUCAACGACGACUCCCUUAUUAUUAAGCAUGGCUAGCUCUCUUUAUACUCUGGAUACUUAA